UGAAAACAUCGUUUCAGAAUUUAUUACAAAAAAAAAAACUGGCUAAGAAAAAAAUUAUAAUUCGAUAUAUUUUUAUGAAAUUAAGAGAAUUGAUGUCAUUUGUGAUUAUCGACUUUGUCAAAAUUGGCAUGGGACUUGUUUUUCCAAUUUGGGUUUCAUUUAUAUCAUAAAUAAUGUAUCGAACUGAAUCAGGAAGAUUUCAAGUUAAGGAUCCCUUAAAUCCAACAUUUGAAGAAAAGUUGCAUAUGUUAAGUGGUUGUUUGCGCAGACGCAAGUCCUGUGAAUUUAAACUAAUUGCUUUUAUAGCAGCCGCAAGAAGUGAUGACUACUUAAUUGAUCUCAAACCAUUUCCACCAGGAUUUAUAACUCCAACAGGUGAGAAUGAUAUCGAAGGCCUUAGACAACUGAUAUUAGAAAUUCCAAAUACAUAUGAUAUACUAAAAUGUAUAUUAAGAAAACAAGUUGAUUCACUUAAUCCAAAAAUGGUGGAACUUAUAUUCUGGAUACAAAUAAACAUCCCACAUAUGAUUGAUGAACCAGUGGAAAAAUUCUUAGACAAUUGUCAUAUUUCGUAUGAGGAUUUUCCGUCAGAAAAAAAACCACUUGCCGUAUUUGCUAUUGGAGGAAGAGUAAAAGACCGAUUCAGAGAAUAUUGUGUGGAAAAUAAUAUCAAACCUGCCUGUGUUUAUUUUUAUUGUCAUAUUCACGAAGUCUUUAGAAUUCUAGUUAAUGAUUUCCUAGAAGAACAAUCUCCAUCUAUUAUAUUAAGAAAAACAUGUGAUCCAGAGCAGUUAUAUUGUGAAGCAGUGUGGGAGAAGUCAGAAUGUUUUUCGGAAAUUCGUUGCAUUGCUAUGUGCUCACUCCUUCCUUCGAGUUCACAUGUUCAAUCAUCCAACGAUGUGCAAGGAGAGUGUAUUGAAAUUGUGGAUAUGGAAAAUAUCUUUAUAGAACGGUUUAUAUUGUAUCCCGACGAUUGGAAUGAAUCAAAUGCUGAAACGACUUCAUCUCGGUUGAGGGAGUUCGGUUAUAUAUUGGCAUUCACGUCAAUAACUUGUUUGGCUGUGUCAGCUUUAAUACGGAAAAUAGGCUCAAACCCGAUAGCACAUCGCUUGGUCUCUAAGUGUUUGGGUACCUUGCAAGGAAUGUUCAAAAUUUCUGUCAAUAAAGCUAUUGAUAGAGCACGUUUUGAUGUAUAAAUUCUUGUUAACUUUUUGAAUUUGACUCUCUGGUAUUAUAAAAUUUUCGUAUUAAAUUGUUUAUUUACACAGUGAAAUGCAAUAAAUUCA